AUGUCGUUUACAGAUAUUGUAAUCAACAUUGCCUUUUCAGUAGGCAUCCUGAUUACAUCCCGCUUGUUGUGGAAUUACAUCCGCUCUCCUAUCAAGUCGUUCCCCGGCCCUACUGCAGCAGGGUUUACCAAUAUCUGGCGCUUGCAGGAUGUCUUCAAGGGUAGAUGUGAUAUCACGCACAAUGAACUGCAUCGCAAGUAUGGUUCUGCCGUUCGGAUGGGUCCAAACUGCUUGAGUUUGUCGGACCCGGUAGUCAUGAAUCAGGUGUACAAUGUGAAGAAUCCAUGGCGGAAGAGUGAUAUGUAUAAUGUGAACGAUGUCAUUCUUGGCGGCGCUCGUUUGAAGAAUCUUUUCUCCAAUCAGGAUGAGAAGUGGCAUUCUACUUUCAUCCGGCCAGUCAAGGGCUUAUACUCGAUGAGCAAAGUCCAAGAAAUGGAGCCUGGCAUUGAUAUCACGAUCAACUUCUUUUUUGAGAAGCUGCGUGAAAGGUUUGUUCGACCCGGAAAAGUCUGCGAGAUGUCAGAGUAUCUGAACUUCUUCGCGUGGGAUGUCAUGAGCCAAAUCACCUUUUCACAAGACCUUGGAAUUCUCGAAGCCGGAAGUGACCACCAAGGAUUCUUAGAUCGAUCCAACAGAAGUCUAGACUAUUUUGCUUCAAUCUGCCAAAUCCCCCUCCUCGACCUCCUUCUCGACAAAAACCCUAUUAUGCAAAUCGGUCCACCAGGCUUCACCUGGGCCAAUCUCUUCAGCCUGGAGCAAUUCCAAAAGCGGCUCCAAACCGGCUCCCCACCAACCGGGCACACCGACUUCCUCGACAAAUUCCUCGAAAUAAAGUCCAAGCAUCCAGAUACCGUAGACGACAACACCGUCAUCAUGUAUCUCCUCUCGAACGUGCUAGCCGGCAGCGACACGACCGCGUCAACAAUGUGCUCGGCCGUCUACCACAUCCUCAAAAACCCGCACGUCCACCGCAAACUCGUCACGGAGCUGCGCUCCGCCGAUCUCUCUCUGCCGGCGCGGUGGAAGGAGAUCGUCGGACUCAAGUACCUUGAUGCGGUUAUGCGGGAGGCUAUGCGGAUUAAUCCGGGCGUGGGGUUGAUGAUUGAGCGUGUUGUGCCCAGGGGUGGUUUUUCGUUGCCGGAUGGACGGUUCGUGCCGGAAGGUACUAUUGUGGGCAUGAAUCCGUGGGUUGUGAAUCGAGACGAGGGGAUUUUUGGUCGAAAUACGGAGGUGUUUGUUCCUGAGCGCUGGUUGCAGAAUGAGGGAGAGACAGAUGAGGAGUAUCAGGCUAGGUUCUCGAAGAUGAAGGGGACGGAUUUCACGUUUGGGGCUGGGUCAAGGGCUUGUCUUGGGCGGUAUUUGUCGCAGUUGGAGGCUUAUAAGCUUGUUGCUUCGCUGCUGAGUACAUUCGACAUUGAACUUCCUGAUAAGAAUCAUGAGUGGAAUGUUGUUAACUCGUGGUUUGUGAGGCAGUCGGGAAUUCCAGUUCGCAUCACAGAGCGCGCUGACAGAACUUGA